AUGUCCACCUUCCUCGAACACAUCCGAUUAUUUCCCAACUCUAAUAAAAACAUUGUCCACUUCAUGAAACGAAUGCUUGAGAGAUUAGGUCUCGGUAAUGAGACUUACUAUCCCCCUAGCGCAUGGUAUAUUCCUCCAGGCUACUGUCUAAGCAAAACUCGUGAUGAGGCAGAAAUGGUCAUAUUCACUAUUAUUGAUGAAUUAUUAGUGAAGACACGCCUCAACCCAGAUGUGAUAGACAUACUCAUCGUCAACUGCAGCCUCUUCAACCCAACUCCAUCCCUUGCUGACAUGAUCAUGAGAAAAUUCAAGCUUCGAGGUGACAUCCGGAUUGCACAGCUCUUUGGGAUGGGGUGCAGCACAGGGAUAAUUAGCGUGGAUCUUGCCAGAAACAUCUUGCAAACGAUGCCUUAUGGUGCACAUGCACUCGUGAUGUCCACGAAGAUCCUAACUGGACGGUACUACAUGGGGAGGAAGCAUGAUGACCCACAAAUGCUGGUGACCAAUGCAUUAUUCCGCACUAGCGGUGCUGUCGUGCUCCUUUCAACCUCGAGAACAAAAGCUCGCUUUCAGCUCUUGCACAUCACUCGGAAGUCUACUGGCGCCAAAGACAAUGCCUACCGUUGCGUAUUCCAACAAGAAGAUGAUGAGGGUUAUCUAGGGAUUCAUCUAUCAAAAGCCCUUUUGGAUAUUGCUGGUAAGGCUCUCAAGGACAAUCUCACCAUAACUGGACCACUUGUUCUCCCGAACUCAGAACUAUUGUCAUUUUUAUUCUCCUCCAUCACACGGAAGUUAUUCAACACAAGGACCGAGUUGUAUAUCCCUGACUUCAGCAAAGCCUUCAAGCAUUUUUGCAUCCAUGCUGGUGGACGAGUAGUGAUCGAUGGAGUUCAAAGAAGCCUCAGCCUAUCAUAUAAGCAUGUUGAGCCAUCAAGGAUGACACUGUAUCGGUAUGGGAAUACAUCAAGUAGCUCCUUGUGGUAUGAUCUAGCGUAUACUGAAGCUAAAGGCCAAAUGAGGAAGGGAGACCGAGUUUUAAUGGUUGGGUUUGGAUCUGGUUACAAGUGCAAUAGUGCCAUCUGGAAGUGCAUCCAGUCGAUCCAAAAUGUUGAUAGAGCAUGGGCAGAUUGCAUCCAUCGCUACCUGGUAGAUGUCUUCAAAUAG